AUGAGACACGAUGAAGACGAUGUAGACGAUGGGGUGCGUCGAUUAGAUGACGUUCCUUGCUGCGUUGUCGCCGUGUUUGUCAUUGUGGACGUCGUCGUUGUAGUGGUAGUUGAAGACGACGACGCCGACAUAUUUGGAGUCGUGUCUGGAAUCGAGAUGGAGGCACUUCUAGACAUGAAUAUGAACAUGAACUGCAGCUGUGGGGACCCAUCUUGCGGUUAUUGUCAAGCUGCUCGUGGAGCAAAUUCAAAUAACUACUACCCAUUCGGAGAUUUCGUUCCAAUGGAUCCAUACGAUAUGUCUCUGAAUACAAUCAUCGAAGAGGAUGAGGAUAAAGACGACGACGACGUUGACGAGCAAGAAAACGAGCAGGACGAUUUCGUUGAUGCGAUGGGAGAGAUGAUGAUUCAACAGGAGAUUGAUGCGGGUGGAAUCAGUUUCACUCAGAUCAACGAAUUGCAGAUAAGCACAAGAAUGUCGGAUUGUUCUGGGGCUGGAUCCUCCUCCUCCUCUUAUUCCUCUCCUUUUGGAGAUUAUGACAAUCCAUCUGGUGAACCUUCACCUAAAUGUAUAAAGAUGACACCACCGACUGUAUUAUUAUCCCCAUCGUUUGGUUUUUCACAACUAAACAUAGCAGCUCCUAGAUCUGCUGGUAGUUUAGAAUCAGAAGAAUCUGAAGAUGAAUCGCCAAAAGCAGAACAAUUAUUACAAUUUGAACAAUUAUUCAAACAAUCUUUAUUAGGACUUAACCAAUUUUCACCAAAUGUGAUAAAUUCUUCAAAUGAUGAAAGAGUAGAAAUGGGAUCAGAAGAUGAGAAGAAACGAUUGAGAAACACUGAGGCCGCAAGAAGGUGUAGAGAGAAAAUCAAGAGAAAAACUGAAGAUUUAGAAGAGGAGCUCCAUGUGCUUCUUGCCCGCAACGAAAUUAUGAAUGAACACCGUGUUCGAAUUCUAUCACAGAUACAAGAACAUGUGAGAACGAUGAACAUAAUGAUAGAAAGGAACCCUGCAUUGGAACGACCUCUACGUUAUCAAGCUGCCGAAAUCGUGGCGGUGUAUCAUAAGCAAAUAGAAAUGAAAAGAAAGGCCAUUCAAGAUUAUUGGAAUAACACUUGUAACAAGUCGUAUUGA